CAACCGUUCGCAGCCGCCCGCGACACGCCGGUACAUGUCCGUCUCUGCGGGGGGGGCUGUGAGACGGCUCAUCCGGGUCCUCCGGCACAAACCUGACGCGGCGGAGCGCCACUAGACGAGCUCCUGAUGGAGCUGCGGCCCGCCGGCAACACGCAACUUCCUGUGGAUCACCGAGUACGUCUGGGCUCACUAGAUGAUGGAAGUACAGCAAGGAUGACCUCCGCCGUGGACGCGUCCGUUUGGCCGGACGUGGACCCUCGGCCGCUCGGCCUGGAGGAUCCGUGGAGGCUCCGCGUCGCCGCCGCUCGGGUCUUUUCCAUCGUGAAGAACCGGGACGUGGGGCGGUUCGAGCGAGCGGUGGGCUUCCUGGAGGCCACUCACCGGCUCCUGCCCGGCCUGGUGGCUUCCAUCAAACACAUGAAGAUCACGUUUGGUCUGAAGACGCUGGUCAUCAUGAGGAUGCUCCGGGUCGGCCGAGGAAUGGUGGAAACCGUGUUAAAAACCAGCCAGUUCUUCCCGAGUAAACUCCCUCAGUACCAGGGCCAAUGUAGCCAACGUGAAAUGUUCCUAAUGAGGAAGAACCAUCUGGACUUUAAGACUCUGGCACAAGCGCUCGCAAUGAACAAGGACAAACUGGAAUAUUACGUCGCGAACCAGAUGGAGGAGCAGUACGGUGAACGUUACGCCCAGAAAGUAGAGGACCGGCUGCUGCACUACCUGCAAGAGUUGGAGGCCGCGUUACCAGGAGACUCCUACAUUGACAAGAUACUGAAGAAGGAGAGCCCUGUGACUGAGGAGGAGGAGGAGGAGAAGCUGCUGAUGGAAGUAAUUACCUCUGACGCCGCCGACGUAGCGACCACUCUGAAGAAACUGCUGCGCUGUGAUGUUGCUUCCUGUCGUCCGGGCAGCACGUCUCCGUCGACGGCAAUGGAGAUGUCUCCGCCCUCUCGGCCCGCUCUGCGGCGGCGGCGUUCUUCAGAGCCCCCUGAGACUCUCCCGCGCUUUCAGCCGGAGGUUUUUCUGGGGGGGACGGAGGCCGACGGAGAGGAGGCGGCCAGGAGGACGGAGGAGGCCCCCGCCUCCCCUCAGUUCUGCUCCAAGCACCAGCGAUGGGUGAGGAGCAUCCUGCAGGAGUGCUCCGAAGAGCUGCUGCCGCCGCCACAGGCCCACGCUUCCUCGUCCCCGCUGCUGUUCCCGUCGUCCUCACCCGACGCCCCUUCAUCGGAGGACCUCACGCCUUCUGACAUCGUCCCGUUGCCCCCUGACCAACCACGUCCGCCUUCGCAGACCGCCGCCCACCUUCUCGCCGGAGUCCAGGCUCCUGAAGGCGACCGGAGGUCCGGGUCCGCUGGAUCGGGGAUUGAUGCGUCUCAUACAGAACUUCCGCUCUCCUCCAGAGACACUCGCGCGUCCGUCCGCUUGUCCCCGGUGGUCCGACUGCUGGACAUUGCCUCCGUCACCUGUAAACCCUGUCGAGUGCUUCUGAAACGCUUCCCCGCGUCCGUUGUCAAACGGGUUCUCGGUCCGGAGGUGCUGACGUCUCCUCACCGCCGCCACACCGCAGAGCGCGACGCCGGACCUCUAGCAACGAGCAAAGACCCUGCGACCCACCCAGCAGCAGCGACCGCCCCAAACGCCGCGGUCAAAAUGGAACCGGCUCCUUCAUCUCCUGCCGGCUGUCUGGCCCUCGGGGCCGAGACCAGCAGAGGCCCAAGGGUCCACGCCAAGCCGUCACCGCCGAGUCAGGCUUCGCAUCUGCAGCCGGACCUGCCGCAGCCCUACGUGAGGGUUUACAGAUUGAGUGCUCAGCAGUGCUGUCGGGCGACAAAGCCCAGAUCCUCCGUGGUACCAGCCAGCAGGCGGGACGAGGACGAGGAGGAGGACAAAGAUGCCGAUUCUUCCUUUGACGUCAACACUCUUUACUCUGGUGAUUCGAGCAGUGACAGCGAGGACCCGUUUCACGGCGACCCGGAGUAUAAACCUCGCUUUAAGAAGAAGAGACUCCCCUCGCAGUAGCGCAGCAUGUGCGCUGGAGAAUUCACGCUGCACUAAAUUAAAUAUUUUGACCGUGAAGAACGUCAACAAAUACUUUGUUAAUCCCUAAUGGAGAAAAUCAUAUUGUGUGUGUGUGUGCUUGUAUGUUACGUGACAUAUGAAAAGUUGUGCCAUGUGCCGCUUCUAGAAAGCAAACCUUUAGAAAUUGCUUUAGAGGUGGAGAGAUAUUACAUUUCAAUAAGUUCACUACAAUAAUGCAGUAAUAAGUAAAAUAUUCAACGCGUGCAACAUUUUCUCAGGCACACGACGGCGUGUUUAUUCCAUAAUAACCUCCAAGUUCAUCACAUGUUCAGGAUCUAAUGUGUAACGAGGAGCGCUGACGCGUGACGGGCUUCAUGCUCGCCGUGUGGUUUCCCUACGGACGAAUUAAAAUGAUGAUGAUUUAGUUGUAGAAAGAACCUCCACCCGAGAAAUGCUUCCUCCUUAAUGUCGGGCGUUUAGAAAUGAUUGUUGGACUUUGAGGACAUCAAAACCUGGAUGACCUGCAACGUCCUGUUGAACUAAAGAUGAUUCUACGGGUUAUUUGAUCAGAUCCUGGAUCAGUUGGUGGGUAGUGGAACGUCUGCGUGGCUCAGAAGAAUCUCCGCGUCUCUCUGACCAGGACGUGUGCGUUUAAACCCUCAGAUUAAAAGAACUGUGUUUUUCAUCUUUAA